CCUCUCCCAGAUAAAUGCGGAAGUGAGACACUGACAAUCUUAUUCACACUCGAGGAGAGAAAAACUAAGGUUUCCUACUGAAGUGCUUGACCUAUUGGGUCAAAAGGAAUAUCACUAUGUGGCCAAAUCAAGGACCUCCCGCUCCAAUGGGCCCACCAAACCCUGCCUACCCUCCUGGCUACAACCCGGCCUUCCCUGCUGGAACUUCUGGAGGGCUCUUCCCCCAGGCUCCUAACCCAGCGUACCCACCACACCAAUACCCAGCUGGUAAUACCCAUGGUCUGGUACCAAAUGCACCUUAUGGAGUCCCAGGACCUUAUCCUAUGGCUCCAGGUGGAUAUCCAGGGUGCCCUCCUGCAGGUGGUCACCCAGGUCCAUACCCACACUCUCCUAAAGCCGGCCACCAAAAAGGCUGUGACAAAGGCCAUGACAAAGGCCACGGCAAAGACCACCACAAAAAAGGCCACAAAAAAGGCCAUGACAAAGGCCAUGACAAAGACCAUCACAAAGAUCAUCAUGGAGGGAUGAAUCCCAUGCCUGGAGCAUAUCCUAUGGGAAUGGGAAUGGGAAUGGGAAUGGGAAUGGGAAUGGCAGGGGACAAAUGCCACAAAAAGGGGAAGAAGAUGAAGAAAGCAAAGAAAGGGGACAAGCAUGGGCACCACAAACACGGCAAGUCCUCCUCCAGCAGCAGCAGCAGCAGCAGUAGCAGCAGCAGCAGUGACUAAGACUGCGGCGAAACAUCUUGCUCAGAAAUGCUGCUUCUCAAACGGAUGACCUAACACUUAAUCAUACACACACACACAAAGUACUUACUAUUUCAUCAUAUCUAAUAUGGGCUAUUUACAUGUAUGUAUGUAUGUAUACAUAGGGUGUAAAGAUCUCCACAGCAUCUGUCUGUAGGGAUGUUUUGUCAUGAAUCUAACCCUAACCCCUUUCCUUUUUUGUGGCGUUUGUGUCAAACAUUCAGUAGUUACAGUAAAUAUACUUAAAAACUACUCUGCCAACAUAUAGAAAUAUUCUGACAAGAGAUUGUAUCAUUGUUAACGCUAACCAAGUGUACAUAGGCUACUGGACUCGAAUUAUGUAAGAAAUGUGAAUCCACAAGUUGCUCUAAGAAGUUCUGUCACCCAUGUACACAUAUUACUCCUGAGGAUAACAUGACCUGAAUAACCUAUAAUCCACUCAUAUAUAUUAAUGUGCAAAGACCAUUCUUAAUAUACAGUCUAAUGUGCGGGUUCUUGGAGAAAAUAUAACACUGUGAUUAAGUUAAAACAAGUUCCUUCGUCUGGAAGAUUAAUCUAGAGGUGACACACACAUUGAUUGUCUUUAUCUAACCACCUGAUUUUGUUCUUUGUGAUUUUAUCUCUAAUACUGUGAAUGACAGCAGGGAAAAAAACGUUGUAUCGCGUUUGGAAUCUCACGUAAAGAACCUUGAUAUAAUUCUGCCAAAUAAACAGAUGGAAGUAAAAA